AUGAACACAGAUUUUAAAUUUCAUGGAUACUCAUUAUUAUCAUUUUUAAAAAUAUUUAUUAUUUGUUUAUCAUCGACACCAUUUGUUUUCGCUGCCGAAAAUGAUAAUUCAACGACUACCAUCAACACCUCCACAAAGGAUAAGGAUGAUAACCUAAAAGUUCAAGCCGCAAGUUUAGGAAUAAUAUUAAUAAUAACUGGAAUAACUUUUUGCUUCUUUGGAAGAAAAAUAUAUCGUCUCACAUUAUUUUUGGUGGGAUUUUAUAUUGGAGAACCAUCUAGAGAAGGAAUGAAAGAAUUUACGAGACUUACAAUUAUUUUAAUUGUGAGCUUUGUCAUUGGAUUACUUAUUGGAGGAAUAUUUGUAUGUUGUUCAACUAUAGCAAUAUGGUUUUUAGGAGUAUUAGUUGGUUAUACUUUAGCAAUAUUUAUUUUAUCUUGGAUUUCCGCUUCUGCUUUUUCUCCUUCUACAAAUGAACCUUCUUCAAAUGGAAUGGAUCAAAAAAGUCAAAUUUUAACUAUAAUCGCAUUAACAUUUAUCGGAUUUUUGUUAACUUGCCUUUUUGAAAAUAUAAUUAUUUUAUUUGGAACAUCAUUUAUUGGAGCAUAUUCAAUUAUUAUAGGAAUUGAAAUAUUCAUCAAAACUGAUUUUGUUAAAAAUAACGAGAAUUCAAUUUCCGUAGUAAAUGCAAUAUUAAAUGGAAGAGCAAUUUUGGAUGGAAAUAAUUAUGAAAAAAAUACUUUAUUAUUAGUAGGAAUGUUAAUAUUAUUCAUUUUAGGUGUCUUAUAUCAAUAUAAUUUUAAUAUUGGAACAUUUUAUCCUAAUGGUUUAAAUCAUACUCCUAAACCUAAUUAUUCUAAAUUUUUUAAAGAUAAAAAAAGACGACAUUCUAAAUCAGAAUACAAGAAUUUUUACUUUUCAAAUGAUAAUUCGGCAGAGACGAACAGAAUACUUUUAACGCACCUCACAUUAGAAACUGCUUUUAAAGGACUUUUCUGUACUCCAAUUCAUGAUAAAUUAAGGUCCGGUUCAAAAGUUCUUGAUGUCGGAUGUGGACCACUUCUAUGGAGUAUCGAAAUGGCUGAAGAUUAUCGUAAUUCAAGUUUUUAUGCAGUUGAUAAAGAAGAACCUUCAAUACCCGAACAAAUAAUACCGAAAAAUGUUAAAUUUAUCAAAGCAAACUUGUUAGAAAAUCUUCCGUUUGAAGAUGACUUUUUUGAUUACAUAUUUCUUAGAGAUAUUAUUAUGUGUUUUGAAGGAUCUGAUUUUGAAAAUAUUGUUCUCAAAGAAAUUUUUCGUGUUUUAAAACCUGGAGGAUAUUUUGAGAUCGUAGAAGCGGAACUGGAAGGAUAUGAACAAGGAGAAGCGCUAAAUCGAUGGAGUAUCGAAGGAUUUCAAACAUGGGCGAAAGCCUGUAACAUAGAUUAUAAACUUACCUUAAAACUUAAAGAUAUACUUUUAAAAACUAAUCAAAUUGAAGAUUUAAAACAUAAUAAAAUAACUUUACCUCUGGGAAAUUGGGGUAAUUAUAUUGUUGGACCAUUCGCGGCCGAAACUACAUUAUGUUUCGUAAGAAUGAACGAAGAACGUUUAUGCCCUGUAAUGGGAAUAAGUGUUGAUGAAUAUCGUGAAUUGGUUAAACAAAUUGAAGAAGAAUUUAGUAGUAAAGAUUAUAGAGCUCAUUUUUUUUAUCAUAAUUUUAUUGGUAUUAAAAAUUGA